GCGGCCGCACACACACACACACACACACACACACUCGCACGCACGGCAGGUCUCUCCUCCCGGUGCACCUCAUUCGUCCUCAUAAAUGUGUUUGCGGCGCCGCGCUCGGCUCCUCCGCGUCUCUGCACCUGCUGCUGCUCCAUCAUGUGAGACUCAUCGUCUGGACGGAGAGGGAAGUUUAACUCAAGGCAACCUGAGCACACACAGGCGGACAUGUAGACGGCGCUUUAAACCCAACCUUGACGCUAUGAUGCUGUGAGGCUGCACGCGGCAGCCUGGACGACCGUGAUGGAGGAGGCUGCCAGUCAACUUGAGAGGGACCAUGUGCACAGCGUUUAUGACAAGAUUGCUCCAUAUUUCAACGACAACCGCUACAAAGCCUGGCCGAAAGUGCGGCAAUUUCUAUUGGAGCUACCCCCUGGGAGCAUCGUCGCUGACAUCGGUUGUGGCAACGGAAAGUAUCUCCACAUCAACAAGGAAGUGUUCAAGCUGGGCUGCGAUGUUUGUCGGCCCCUGGUGGACUUUGCUUGGAGCCAAGGGCACGAGGUCCAGAUGUGCGACGGGCUGAAUUUGCCUUAUAGAGAUGGCUGCUUUGACGCUGUGCUCUCCAUUGCAGUCAUACAUCAUUUGUCCACCAAAGAGCGUCGCAUUCGAGCAAUUAAGGAGAUGGCUCGCACCCUGCGAGUGGGCGGGCACAUCAUGAUUUACGUGUGGGCCAUGGAGCAGAAACGUCGCAAGUUUGAGAAGCAGGACAUCUUCGUCCCGUGGAAUCCGAACCCUCAUUUGCCGUCCAGCUCGCACAAGGAGCAUGCCAAACUCAGAAGGAGAGCCACGGCCCAGAGCGUGACUGAAGCCAUAGACAACCCUGAAAAGCACAGGAAGGUUAGAAGCACAUCUUCUGUGGCCGACGAAGAGGAUCUGACCCACACCGUGCCGCAGCAGAAGACUCAGAGACUGUGGUUCUUCUCCCGGUCUCUUGAUUCCGUGUUUGACUUUGGGAGUUUAGCAAUCUCCUGGCCGUCCUCCAGAGACUUGAGCACUUUAUCUUCACCCACGGGUGAAAAAGACGAGAAUAAGGCCAACCAGCGUGGGAGGGGACGAGGGCUUAUCAAGCAGGUAUCCAACUUCUUUUCUCCCCAAUCUGUGAUCGGAUCAGAGGAGGACGUCUUUGACGCACGAGGUAACGUGACUAACAACAACAAUGGCGCAGAAAACCAAGGAGUCUCCGUGUCUUUAGCCCAGGAGUGUGGCUCUGUCCCUCUGCCAGAUCUAAUUUCUUUGCAGAGGGAACAUCUGAAUGAGCCCGAGGAUGAAAACACCAAGAGGCCACAGGGAGAAGAGCAGCAGGAGAGCACUCAGGGGAGUUCUCAGGGGAGUGAGGGGCAGGUUGAAGGUUCAUGUCUGAGGUACUACCACGUCUUCAGGGAGGGAGAACUGGCAGAGCUGAUAGAAAAUCACGUUGAAGAGCUUCAUGUGAAACACACCUACUUUGACCACGCAAACUGGUGUGUGGUUGCAGAGAAAGUUCAGUUGUGGAGAAUCUGAUUUUAACUUGUUUUUAGCUCGAGUUUUAGCACUGAAUCACACAUUUAGUGAUAAUAUUGAACAUACUUGUAAAGUAGAGGUGUAUAAACAUGCAGCUUAGCUGUCGUUGAAGUUGAAGUUAACUUAAUUUUUAGUAACAAAAAGUCCUCGAGCCAGCUCUUUAUCUGAUCUAGCACUAUUUUAGAUGCAUCCACUAUAUUUUAGCACAAAUGAUAAUUUUUAGUUUAAGUAUUUAUUCUCUUACAAAACAUAAAGCUGACAAGCUGUAUCCAAAUGCCCAGUGUGAGUUAUUUAUUUAUUUUGAAUGUGACAUUGCUGCUAUUGAUUUGAACUCUUUUUAAAUGAACUUUUAUACAAAGAGAAAUGUCGAUAAAGGCACUGUUUUUCUUUUUGGGGGUUAAAGUGCAGGCCAAAGAUGAAUUUGUGAGACUAAAUUCUACUCUUCCAUCAGCUUUGAUGUGACGUGUAUCCUCUGCAGAAGUGUCUUCGUGUCGGCUCGUUUCACAGAUGCAUGUUCCUUAACCCUGACUGACUAUCAGGAGCCAAAUGUGCAGCAAGUAUUCGUCUAGGACUUCUCGCUGAGCCGUUCUGUAAACUGCAAAUGUAUAAUUUUAUCUAGUCUUACAAAUGUAAGAGCUAAACGUUGUGGAGAAUAUCUUCCAAGGUAGUUGUGUUUUUAUUUUUCAAGCGUUACAAAGAACAUGUCGCCCAUCUGUGUUCUUUACGGUGUCAUUUGCAAAAUGUAUUGUAACAAGCUGAAAACGUCUUUGUUGCGUUUUCAGCCAAUCGACUGCCUCGUUUACUGUGAAUUAACAUUGCACUAUAUCACAAACACGCCGCUGCUUGAUGUCAGUGAAUGAGACCUAGUGACACUUGAAACAUCGUGCUUAUUUGUACUUGUUGCCAAGGAGAGUGUAUAUCCUUAUUAGUACCGUGUGGGUGUGUGUGUGUGGAUCAACUGUGUUUGUUCCUAAGUGAUGCUGGUACCUAAAUG